GGCGGGCGGAGUAAUAUAUUGUUGGUGUUUACGGUGUGAUUUGUUGUCGCACGCGUUCUCGGUACACAAGCUCGCGUGCACGGGUUCGUUAUCUCAUGCUAGCAAAUCGGCACCCUCCGCGUGCGCCUGUUAGCUGCUGUAAAGCGUUUUCCAGUCUGUGCCCUCUGUGAAACCCCUGUGGUCCUGCCCCCAAGACUGUGAGCUGAAUUCUGAUUGGAGGAAUGGAGUGCCAGUCUGUCCUGCACCAGUGAUCAGGUCAGGAGACUCCGUUGGUGACAUCCUGUGGAGCCAGAGAGCAAAGGCGAGGAGGCUGUUUCACCACCGCUGGAACUGAAGAUUGCUUUAAAUAAGCAAGUCCUUGUAGAAGGAGUGUGUGCACAAUCAACAACAGUCAAGACAGUCUGAACGGAGGUGUUUUUUUGUGAUAUGGAAGUCUCCCUAAGCCUUCGGCUGCGGCUCCAUUCUCAGAAUCAAGCGUGAAGUGAUUAGUAUUUUAUUGAUGAGUUCCUGAAGUGGCAAGUGUGGGAAAUUGGAUCUUUGAUCUCCUGGAGUUUUGGAAAUAUAUCCUGAGUGUGUGGAGCUCUCCAGGUUUUUAAGUCAUGAUGCAAGAAUCUGGGACCGAGGCGACGAGCAACGGACCAGCAAAUCUAAAUGGAGGAGGAAGCGUGGACGGCGGGUCCAGGGAAGGACGGCCCAAGAGCACCACGCCAUCAAUGGAGGUGACUGCAGCUGAGCUCCUGCAUCUCCAGCAGCACCAGGCUCUCCAAGUAGCUCGGCAGAUACUCCUUCAGCAGCAGCAGCAGCAGCAACAACAGCAACAGCAUCCCCAGUCACAACUGCAGUCUCAACCAAACACUGGCCGCAAAUCCCCCAAAGACAGCGACAAGCAGCAAAGCCUACAGGUUCCAGUGUCAGUGGCUAUGAUGACACCUCAAGUGAUAACUCCACAGCAGAUGCAGCAGAUACUUCAGCAGCAAGUCCUGAGCCCUCAGCAGCUCCAGGUUCUUCUCCAGCAGCAACAGGCCCUCAUGUUACAGCAGCAGCAACUCCAAGAGUUCUACAAAAAGCAGCAGGAACAGCUCCACCUCCAGCUUUUACAGCAGCAGCAGCAGCAGCAGCAACAGCAACAGCAGCAGCAUGCAGGCAGCAAGCAGAGCAAAGAGCAGCAGGUGUCUGCACAGCAGUUGGCCUUUCAGCAGCAGCUCCUGCAGGUCCAGCAGGUCCAGCAGCAGCAUCUGCUCAACCUUCAGAGGCAAGGGCUGCUCACAAUCCAGCCUGGACAGACCGGCCUGCCACUGCACUCCCUCACUCAGGGCAUGAUUCCAGCAGAGCUGCAGCAACUGUGGAAGGAGGUGACAAAUGCUCACGUGAAGGAGGAGCACAACAACAGCAGCAACAACGGCCACCGGGGCCUUGACCUGUCAUCCCCGGCCCUGCCAAAGAACCCACUCCUCAACCAGCAUGCCUCCACCAACGGGCAGUACAUGAGUCACAAGAGAGAAGGAUCCACACUAGAAGAACCUUCCCACCACAGCCACCCUCUCUAUGGUCAUGGGGUUUGCAAGUGGCCUGGAUGUGAGGCAGUGUUUGAUGAUUUCCAGUCAUUCCUCAAGCAUCUUAACAAUGAGCACGCACUGGAUGACAGGAGCACGGCCCAGUGUCGGGUGCAAAUGCAGGUCGUACAACAGCUGGAGCUGCAGCUAGCUAAAGACAAAGAGCGUCUGCAAGCUAUGAUGACGCACCUUCAUGUCAAGUCCACAGAGCCCAAAGCCACCCCACAGCCGCUCAACCUAGUGUCCAACGUCACAUUGUCCAAAUCAGCCCCUGAGGCCUCUCCCCCUCUGAGCCUGCCGCAGACCCCCACCACACCCACAGCGCCCCUCACACUGUCCCAGACCCACUCCGUCAUUACCGCCAACAGCCUCCACAGCGUGGGCCCCAUGCGACGGCGCUACUCAGAAAAGUACAACAUGCCCAUCUCUCCAGAUCUCAGUCAGAACAAAGAGUUUUACAUGAAUGCAGAUGUCAGGCCGCCGUUUACGUACGCCUCACUAAUAAGACAGGCAAUCCUUGAAUCUCCAGAAAAGCAGCUAACACUAAACGAAAUCUACAACUGGUUCACACGAAUGUUUGCAUAUUUCAGGCGCAACGCAGCGACGUGGAAGAAUGCAGUCCGGCAUAAUCUUAGUCUUCACAAGUGUUUUGUGCGGGUAGAAAACGUAAAAGGGGCUGUGUGGACAGUCGACGAACUUGAGUUCCAAAAGAGACGGCCUCAAAAGAUCAGUGGAAGUCCGGCCUUAGUGAAGAACAUUCAGACCAGCUUGGGCUAUGGUCCGACCCUCUCUGCUGCCUUCCAGGCUUCAAUGGCAGAAAACAACAUACCUCUAUACACUACUGCUUCCAUUGGAAGUCCCACCCUCAACUCCCUGGCCAACGCCAUCCGUGAGGAGAUGAAUGGAGCGAUGGACCAUGGAAACAGCAACGGCAGUGACAGCAGCCCGGGACGCUCGCCCCUGCCAGCUAUGCAUCACAUCAGCGUUAAGGAGGAACCACUGGACCCCGAAGACCACGAAGGGCCCCUCUCCCUGGUAACGACUGCCAAUCACAGUCCGGAUUUCGAUCACCACAGAGAUUACGAUGACGACCAGGGCCACGACGACAUGCUGUAAGGCUAGCGCCGCCCCUCCCCAGCCUCAGCGGCAGAGGCAGUCUGGGUCAUCUGGGAGACAGAAACGCUCCGCAGAUAACAAACACUGAACUGCAGUCUCAGCCACUGAUGACAGCUCUCAAAUGUCUCAAAGUUAACUUUUUAGUGCCAUUACAAUACAUAGCAAGAACACACACACAAAAAAACACAGAAUACAUGAGGGAUUUUUUUUUCUGAUUGCUUUCUACUUUUGAUUUAAGUAAAGCUUAAAAAGCGAACACAAACUUCAUUUCUAUGCCUCAUGUGUCGGAUGGAAUUGUUUGGUACGGGGCCGACAUGUUCGUGGUCAGAGACCCUCGCCGCGCAGCCAGGACGGACUGCACUCAGCAGACUGCAAGAGGGGCUGUGUCUCUCCCCCACCCACCCCCCCUCCACUCUCUCUCUCUCCCUCUCUCAGACACACACGUCUGACCACAGACUCACAAGAGAGAGAGAAUGACUGGCGUUUAAUUUACAUCGUGUGUGUGUGUGUGUGUGUGUGUGUGUGUGUGUGUGAGAGAGAGAGCGAGUGUGGACUUCUGUUCAUUGUCACUGCCUUCAACACUUCUCAUUGGUUUGAUUCCAUUUGGGGUGGGAGGGAUGUUGCUUUUAUUUCGGUGUCUUUUUUGUUGGGGGUUGAGAGGUAAUAGAAUAUCAACAUGUGUCUUUUCCAUUCAGUGCUGUUAUUGAUGUUGCAUCGUUUUCUCUUUUUUUUUGUUUCUGAUCAGACCUCAUGCCCAUGCUGUGGAGAUUCGGUGUUGUCAGCACAUGAUGAUGAAUGUUUAUGAUUUCCUUUCAUGUUGUUCUUUUAAACACAUACAUGAAGCAGAAUGUCAGAUACCAAGUAGUAUUUUUCUGUCAUUUAUUCCACGAUCUUAAAAAAAAAAAAAGAAAGUCACCACUCUGAAAUGUAGCCCGCCACUCAUCCCCUCCUUCCUCUUCCUCCUCCUCCUCCUCCUCCUGCUCAUGAAGUCCAUUGGCAAUGCACUACUCAUAAUGAAGGCUCUCUCCACGCAUCAAUGAAGUUUAAUUUAAGAUGUGAAUGAAUGACAGAGAAAUCAUGCAGGUUAUGAUUUAUCCUUAUGAAAUUAUACUUUAAAACAGCCCCUCACGGCAGAGCAUGUUGAGCUGCAACAGAAUUUCUGAUCACUUACAAAGGUUUUAUAAAGCAAAAUGAAAAUGUCAGGUGUGCACCGGCGAGAUAAUGAUUUAGACCAACUAAUUGUGAUUCCUGAACACAACUGUCAUUGUUAAUCAAACGUGUCUGCUUUUCCACACUGUAAUUCCAUUCAGUGCAGUGAAGAUAAACGUGCAUUCCCUGUAGUUUUAUUUGUAUCACGCGCAUGACUAGUUUUAAGUUUUAGUGAGUGUUAAUAAUUGCACAGCGGAUGAAAUGCUUAUUUUCUUUCAUCGAGGGAAAAAAUCCCAGGACUUGCAAUAAGACCUAAACAUUGCACAUUCCAGCAUUUGACAGCCAUCAUAAAGGGCCCAAAUAUAUAGUACAUGUCAUUUAGGGAAUGUGGAUACCUCGACGUUCAGUGUCACCCAAAAAGCCGAAGUCCACAACAUUGAACCGAGUGGAAUCCACAUGCAGCAACAAAAAUUCCAGCUUUGGUAGGGAGUUACAUUUUAAAGAAACCAUGCAUUUUCAAGACUGCAAUCAACCACUUUUAAUUUUGUAUUUAUUAUUAUUUUAUGUUUUAUUUGGCUUUUGUUUUAGUUGUCGAUGUUGAUGUUUUAAUAUCUUGUUCUGUGACUACCAAAGAUAAACUACAAAGUCAAUGUUGUGUGUUCCAUGCAAUAGCAGAUAAGGCCAAAUAUCUCUCCUCCAUUCUCUCCCAUUGGACGAUCUCAGCAGCUGCGAUCAAGCUGGUGGCACAUUGAAUCGAGGGAAAUGCUCCGCAAACUGGUGUUUUCAUUAAUUCUUCUAAAAAACCAAAGGGGUGUCUUGAACAGGACAGCUGCAGUAAUGUUUGCAGUGACCAAAACUGAAUGGGAGGCGCUGAGAGUCUGACUACAUGAUGACCAAAUUAGGGAAACUUUUUGUCUUUGGGCCAGUGAGUGGAAAAGGGAGCUUUUUGGUCAGGAGCAGAUUUGUGUACAACAUAAAGGGUAUGUAGAGAAUUUAAAUGUAUACUGGUAAAUGGGAAAAGCUUUGCAGAGAACAAUGUGAAACGGAUUCUAUACUUCAACUGGACCACACAAUGAUUCAAUGUUUCUCUUCUUUUAUUCCUUAUUCGUUUGUAUCCUUUGAAAUGAUUGUAUGCCACUUUUUAGGGGUUUGAGCGUCUUUGUUAAGAUUGGCAAGACGUCAUGAUUGUGUUUAGUUUCUGUCAACGUAUUACUUUUUAUAUUAAAAAACACUCCUGUCAACUAAUAAGCUGGGUACAAGGUACUUUAUGGCAGUUAUUGUUAUUAUUAUUCUAUUUUUUAAGUUCACUGCUCAUUAACUAAAAAGGAGAAUCUGUGGUUUCCAGAAGAUGUAUUUAAUAUCCAGGCAGCUGUGGGAUGGGUCAGUUACAGCCAGGCUAGGAUCGUGAGAACAGGGCCGAGCUCAUCCACAAACCCCCAGUCAUCUUGGCUGGUUUGUUUGGUAUUCAAAAAGGAGGAGAAGCGCUGGUAGAUUAGAACAUUCUCAGCAUGUGUAGCUUGACAUUACUAAAGAUAACAGCAUGAGAAAACCGUUUGUACGCAUACCUCAGUUCAAACCUGUAGGGAAUGAUUCAAUGAAAUGAGGAAAAAAAAAAUAAACAAACAUUUCACUCAGUUGCACUUAGUUGUAUGUCUUGCAUGUUUAGUCUGAUACUGUAGAGAGAAAAUUACACACAGAAAAAGAAAAUGAGAUUAGAACUUGUUUAUCUUUAAGGUUUCAUCCUUUCUUUUGCCAAACCAAUCUGAACCUCAGGCCUUUUGUUCAUUGAAAUAUCACCCAGCUGUGCGUGGCACCAUUCAUCCUGUCACAGUCUUUUCUCUGAUGUACUGAUGGGUUGUUUUAAGGGCGUUCCAAUAUUAGGUUGUACAUACAUGUCAGUAGAGCCUUUGUCCUUUUCUGUCCUUUCCUCUCUCUCUCUCUCUCUCUUUUUUUUUAAGAUCAAAAAAUACAUUUGUGUUAUGAUGUUUGCUUUAUCGCGACUGCUUUGUAUUAACUAUGAAAUAGCUAUGAGAAAAACUGCUGUAUGUAUUGGAAUAGCAAACUGUGCUGCAAAUGUAUUUUACUUAGUAAUCCUUGCUUUAAAAAAAGAAAAAAAAAAUCACAUCAUCCACACAGACAUUUGGGUGAGCUGGGCAGGGGCAGGCUGGGGGGUGGGGGAGGGGGAUUAUCCCCGAUUUUGGAUUUUAAACUGUAAUAUAGAAAACAGACUUUUCUCUGUUAUCAUUGACCUAAGCAUUUUGUACAGAUUUUUUUCCCUCUUUGUGUUAAUCUGUUUUUUGAUACUUCCUUUUUGAUGGUCCAACCACUGCCUUCUGUGGCUGUAUGUUAAAGAUUACUGCUCUGAGAAAAGGGCAGACAGGUAUAUUUCCUCUACAAGACGGAGAUAUCUUGCAUGACUAAUCCCAGGGUCUCAGAGAUGGGGAGGGGAGGGGGGAAAUAUGGUUUAAGUGGUCAGUAAUAAUAUAAGGGUGUAUCAAUCUAAUGAUAUUUUAUAUGAAAUAAAUAGGAAAAAGAAAAAAAAUAAGCAGUGCCAAGAUGUAAAGAAUAUUGUUAAAUGCUGUCUUUUUUUUUUUUGUUUGAAAAAUUUAUUUCAUUCACGCAUCGAAGAUGUGUCCUUCUCAUCCAUGUCAUGUAGGCAAACCACACAUUUUGUUUGGCAUCAAGAUAUUUAUAUUUUUUAUCUCAAGGGUCGUUGUAAAUGAGUCAAACCAAGGCACAGCAGGCAGAUGAAAGGGUUAGACGCUGCUGGAGACUUAACGUCCUGCAAACUGCGGCCGUGUGACAUCAGAUCGCCCAACAUCACACACUGGCACCCGAACUAAAACGCCAUUGUUUCAUUCAUCACCAACCAUCCAGCCCGCUGUCGUCCUUUCCCCCUCUUUCUCCCUCUCUUACACCACACUUUGUUUUUUUCCAGAUGGAGGGGGGGGCUGUCAUGGUGCUCUCAUCCUGCAGCAGCUUUUCUUUCUCCUUCUCUUUCUUUUCUUUGAAGAUGUACUCUGUAGUUUCUUUUUCCCCUGUGUUUUUUUUUUUUAUAGAGAAAUAUUAUUGCUCAUCACUUCCAUCAGUCUGUAACCUCCUCAUCAUUCCUCGUCUGUCUGAUGCAGACCACUCUGUUGUAGUCAGUGGCGAUGACUGACGAGCAUUCUAAACAUGCAAUAAAAUGCUGGUUGUUCAGAU